GUGGGAUGUGCCUGCUCGGGCUGGACCAGAGAUAAUGGGCUGCUCUCUGGGUAGUGGGGGUUGAAGGUUAUCCUUGUUACUCAGGGGUAAACAAUGCCGAGUCAGUGAGAGGCACAGUGGCCAGGCUCAACCAAACAGAUUAUGCCAGCAGAAUUGCGAAGCUUUGCAUCGGCUCUGAAUCGGAGCCAGCAGCUGGAGGCUGGCCAGGACUAAAGUGUUUUUGGGUUUUGUGGGUGGAGGGAGGCGGGGACAGGAGAGCUGGGUAGCACUAAAACUAACUGUGCUCUGUCGCUGCUGCUCUCGUCGUUGCUGGGGGGUUUGCUGCCUCCAGCUUGGUGUCUGCUGUGCUGACGAGCCCUGCUUUGUGCUGCCUGCCUCCCCUGAUUUACUGGAGCUGCUCCUCUUUCCUCCUGCUACCGUCUUGUCUGUCAGGGGAAAUCUUACCCUUUCUUCUUAGCUUUAUUUUGUAAGAGCUGAUGCAGUUCUCUUGCAUGGCUGAGUGACGUCACUGUCAGCACAACAUCCAGGACUCUGAAGAAGCAGUGGCAAGCAGGAUGCUCUUCCCUACAUCCACGCAAGAGUCUUCCCGUGGCCUCCCAGACACCAACGAUCUGUGCCUUGGCCUGCAGUCCCUCAACCUGACAGGGUGGGACAGACCCUGGAGCACCCAGGACUCUGACGCUGCAGCACAAACCAGCACACAGUCCGUUCUCAGCAUGCUGAGUAACCCUCUUGGGAACGUCCUGGGGAAGCCCCCGCUGGGUUUUCUGCCUUUAGACCCCAUUGGUUCAGACCUGCCAGAAAAGUUUUCCACACCAUCGCUGAGGAACUCCCGCUCCCUCCUGGACUCCCGCUCCAGCAGCCCCUCGGACUCGGACACCAGUGGGUUCAGCUCUGGUUCUGACCACCUCUCAGACUUGAUUUCAAGCCUUCGCAUCUCUCCUCCUCUGCCCUUCUUGCCUCUCAGUGGGGUAUCAAGAGACCCCCUGAAGAUGGGAGUGGGAUCCCAGCUGGAUCAAGAUCAAGCUGCCCUGGCUGCAGUAACUUCCUCCCCAGCCAGUGCAUCGAAAAGAUGGCCUGGAGCAUCUGCGUGGCCUUCCUGGGAUCUUCUGGACUCUCCAGAAGACCCCUUCAGUAUUGAAAGAGAAGCCCGGCUUCAUCGGCAGGCGGCAGCUGUGAACGAAGCAACCUGCACCUGGAGCGGGCAGCUGCCUCCCCGAAACUACAAGAACCCCGUCUACUCCUGCAAAGUGUUCCUGGGAGGAGUCCCGUGGGACAUUACAGAAGCUGGGCUGAUCAACACUUUCCGUGUUUUUGGCUCCCUGAGUGUGGAGUGGCCCGGUAAGGAUGGCAAACACCCACGCUGUCCUCCCAAAGGUAAUAUGCCUAAAGGAUACGUCUACCUGGUGUUUGAGUCAGAGAAGUCGGUGCGUGCCCUGCUCCAGGCGUGCUCCCAGGACCUGCUGAGCCCUGACGGGCUCAGUGAGUACUACUUCAAGAUGUCCAGCCGCAGGAUGCGCUGCAAAGAGGUGCAGGUGAUCCCAUGGGUGCUGGCCGACAGCAACUUCGUGCGCAGCCCCUCUCAGCGGCUGGACCCCAGCAAGACGGUGUUUGUGGGGGCCCUGCACGGGAUGCUCAACGCAGAGGCCCUGGCAGCCGUCAUGUAUGACCUGUUUGGAGGGGUGGUCUAUGCUGGCAUCGACACUGACAAGCACAAGUAUCCCAUAGGGUCGGGCCGUGUCACCUUCAACAACCAGCGCAGUUACCUGAAGGCUGUGACCGCUGCGUUCGUGGAGAUCAAAACCACCAAGUUCACCAAGAAGGUUCAGAUCGACCCAUACCUGGAGGACUCCAUGUGCCAAGUGUGCAAUGCCCAGCCUGGCCCAUUCUUCUGCAGAGACCAGAUCUGCUUCAAGUACUUCUGCCGCUCGUGCUGGCACUGGCAGCACUCCAUGGAGGUCCUGCGCCACCACCGCCCGCUGAUGCGCAACCAGAAGAACCGGGACUCCAGCUAAGAGGCCGCGGGGCUGCCGCGGGCAGAGUCCUGGGAGAACCUGCCCCGAGGAGAGCGCAGCAGCGCCUGCCGGAGCCAGGCCCGGCUGGGAACGUUCUUCCUUGAGGACUGACGGGGAAAAAACAAAAAAUCUUACAUUCAUGUUUGCACUUGCUGGUCUUUUUGUUUCUGCACUAAUGCACAGUGAGUUUUGUUGGGGUUUGUUUGGGGGUGUUUUGAGGGGGGGAGCGCCCCUCAAGCCAUUCUGCAGUUCCCAGACUUUGGUUCCUGGUUUGCUGACGAGAAGCAAAAAUUGAAAAUGAAUAAACCCAACCAACCAAGGGCCAUGUGUUGCGGAGGCGUCGCCGCAGGCGCCUCCGCCCUGGUUUUUUUAUUUUUUAAAGGCGCUUUUUUACAUUCCUUGCAAUACUGGUGGAGAGAGCGCAGGUCUCAUUGGUCAUUGUUUUGCCGUUGCCAUACAGUGCCUUUCCAUUCAUUUACCCCCACCUGGAUGGUGUGACCUGGGUGUUCAGCUGGCGUUUUUUACUGUAACAACAAGGAGACUUUGCUCUUCAUUUAAACCAAAUCAUAUUUCAUAUUUUACGCUCGAGGGUUUUUACGAGUUCCUUUUUACACUCUUAAAAACAGUUUUUAAGUCGUUUGAAACGAGAGAUUUUUUUCUUUCCUGGCAGCUUUUAACAUUAUUGCAAUUUGUGUCUGGGGGCUGCUGGCAGGACGUUGUAAAUCCAGGGGUUUGCAACGGGACAGGCCGGGCUUUGUUUUUGUUUUUGGAUUUGAAACUGGACGGGAUGAGGAUCUCUGAGCUGCUGUAUAUAGUUUUAAAUAGUUUGUUGCACUUUUUUAAGUUGCACUUAUGGGGGGUUGAUAGAGGUUUUUAAUCACACAAAGUCACAGGACUUACCUUUUCUUUUGUAACAAGCUAAAAAAGGGCUGCGUUUUGGUGGACGAUGAAGGUUCCUGGGAGCCCUUUCUCUUAGAGGGGACAAGUAAUUUUCCUUUUCUUCCCGAGAUGUUUGGAGUAUCAGUGCAGUCGACCGAAAUGCUGCUGCUGGGAUUUGAGACCUUUAAUUAUGCCGAUUAUUAUUAUUUUGUUACUUUCCCCUCUAUCGGAAGCUGUGUGCCAAAGAACCAGUGUCAUAAUUUCUCCCUCUUUACUAUGGUUAUUUUUUUUUUCUUUCCUGCUGAGCUGAUGUUGCAUUGUUGCAUAUCCCAGCUGCUCUUUGUGGGGUUUUGUGAAGCUGUGUGUGAAGUCUCUACCUCAUUGUAGUAUAUGCAGGCAAGACUGCACUCUCCUACAGACGCGUGGAGUAAGCUGUGGUGUAGUUUUUGGCACAUAAUAAACACGUUGCAGCAAAAAAAA